CACUCGCUCUUACUUGCCUCUCCUCGCUGCCGCGCUAGUUUUCGCGGUUUUCGCGCUCCAGUCGCUCCGGCACCGUUCAGUUGGUGGACCAGCCUACGCAAAUGUAGUCGUUCACGCCGAUGAAACUUCAGAUGAAUCAGUUGCUGCAAGGUCGCUGCAGAGUCUGGCCGACGAGGACGAGCUGUAUCUCGCGAAGUUGACGCCCCAGCCCAACAGCGCGGCAGCUGGUGGCGACACGCCCCACAGCACCUUGUCUAAGCUAAUCCAUCACCUCAAAGGCAACUAUGAGACGAUAGCAGAUGCGGAGGUGGUGUGGCAGGUGCCGGCGGCUGACACGCGCCUCCGCGGCGUCAUGUUCAUCGCACACGGCUGCGGGCACGGCGCCACCGACUGGUGGCCCCAGUCCGAGUCCUGCCCCAAGUGCAUUGGCCUGCCCGAGGAAAUGAACGUGACCCUGCACCUGCUGCUGCGCGGGUAUGCGGCUGUUGCGGUGUCGUCCACGAUAGCAGAUGCGGAGGUGGUGUGGCAGGUGCCGGCGGCUGACACGCGCCUCCGCGGCGUCAUGUUCAUCGCACACGGCUGCGGGCACGGCGCCACCGACUGGUGGCCCCAGUCCGAGUCCUGCCCCAAGUGCAUUGGCCUGCCCGAGGAAAUGAACGUGACCCUGCACCUGCUGCUGCGCGGGUAUGCGGCUGUUGCGGUGUCGUCCGCGGACCGCACCCGCAGCCGCUGCUGGCAGGACUCGUUCGGCGGCGGCGGCGGGGACUGGGACUACACCCUGGGGGCCGCGCCCGUGGACUGGAUGCAGGUGAAGCGGGUGCUAGACACGCUGCUGCCGCGGGAGCAGCUCCUCUUGCACCCGCACCACACCCCAGCACCCGCAGCGCCCGCAGCGGCCACAACAACAUACACGGCCUCAGGGGGCGGCGCCGCGCAGCCCCCAGUCCAGCCCUCCUCCCGGCCGCUGCCUCGCUACGCGCUGGGCGGCAGCAGUGGCGGCGGCUUCGUGAUGGGACUGCCGCUGGUGUUCCCGCCGGGCUACUGGUCUGGUCUGGUGGUGCAGAUCGCCGCGGCGCCGUCCGGACUGCUGACAGCGCACCUGUGAGGCGGGGGGGGAGGUGCAGAUACCAGCCUGUACUAAACAAAACCGGGGGAGGGAAGGGAGGAAGUGAGGAGUUAGCCGUUUAUGGGGAACGGACAAGGCUUAGACCAGAAGCGCUAUGGCACGCGGAAAGUGUGAAGAACAAUGGGGAGGGAGGGUGAGGUGGAGGAGUGUGCGCGUGUGAGUGUGUGAGUGUGUAAGGGACGUGUUGGAGGUGGGGGAGGUGAGGGAAGGUGGGGUGUGUGCUCUGUCUAUCGGGGAAGAGGUAGGGGCUGGGGGGGGGGCGGGGUGUUGCAGAUGUGCACAUUCCCCUUGUGCUUUGUCGUGUCAUUCUGCCGGCUUUGCACGGCGCCGCCACCGGACUACUUACUU